AUGGCAGAAGCGGCUCCUGUAUCCGCAAUAUCUUCGAAGAACAUUGUAAUACUAGGCGGCUCGUAUGGCGGCGUGUCAACUGCCCAUUACCUGCUCAAACAUGUCCUCCCACGCAUACCAGAGCCGACAACAUAUCAAGUCAUCCUGAUUAGCGCCUCAUCCCAGGCCAUGUGCCGACAGGCUUGCCCUCGUGCGCUCAUAUCGGACGAUAUGUUCCCCCAAGACAAGCUCUUCGUGAGCAUCACGAAAGCCCUUGAGCAGUAUCCCAAGGAGACUUUUCACUUUAUCCACGGCACUGCAACUGAGCUUCACCACAUCGAUCGAACGGUGACGAUCAGUGAAGCAUCCGGAAACAUCAAGACCCUAAGCUAUAAUGCUUUGGUCAUCGCCACCGGCGCGUCGACACCAUCUCCUCUCCUCGGUCUGAACCGUGGCGAGGACUUCCUAAAGGCAAACUGGACUGCGUUCAGACGAGCAUUGCCAAACGCCAAGAGCAUUGUCAUUGCAGGGGGGGGUCCAGCAGGCAUCGAGACGGCCGGCGAACUGGGUGAGUAUCUCAACGGCAGAGCAGGGCAUUGGGCGUCGAAGCUAUCGAGCCCCAAAGUCUCUAUCACUGUCAUCACCGCCAGUUCUCAGAUCCUGCCGGCCCUUAGACCGGCAAUUGCUGCAAAGGCCGAGGCGUAUCUUGCCAAGGUCGGCGUCACAGUCAUCAAGAAAACCAAAGUGGCAAGUGUGACGCCAGCCGGUGCAGGGACGGACGACGUGGCAGCCAAAGCCACCGUCACACUCGACGACGGCAAGACCAUCGACGCCGACCUCUACAUCCCUGCCACUGGUACCGUGCCAAACACCAAGUUCAUCCACGAGUCGCUUCUUGCGCCGGAUGGCCGCGUGGAGACAAACUCGUCAACGCUGCGCGUCGACAAGGCCGGCCCGCGGGUCUACGCCGUCGGCGACGCGGCUUCGUACGCCCAGCCCGCCGUCCACCUCAUCCUCGGCGCCAUCCCCGUGCUCGGCGCAAACAUCAAGCGCGAUCUGCUCCUCGCAGCAGGGGCGAAGGCGGAGGCCGUCGGCGAGGAUCGCGUAUACAAGGAGGACACCCGCGAGACGCAGAUGGUGCCGAUUGGGAAGAGCAAGGGGGUCGGGGCGGCCAUGGGCUACCAGGUGCCGAGCUUCAUGGUGUGGCUCAUCAAGGGACGGGACUACUGGCUGUGGACGACGGGUGGCUUGUGGAGCGGGAAGCAAUGGGCCAAGGAGUCGUGA